AGUCUCUCUAGUCAUAUCUUAUUUUUGUUUAUUUAUUUGUUUUAAUAGGAAAGGUUCUUAUUUUAAAUUCAAAAAUGCUUUAUUUUAUGUUUUAUCAUGUCAAAAAUUUAAACUUUCUGAUCUUGAUGUUGUUCUUGUAACCUUGUGAUUCGUUUUACUUACUUUUAGUUUUUAUUUUCAUUAAUUAAUUUCUUCAACAAAGAAUUCAAUUUUUUAAUUUUAUUUUUAACCCUGAGCAACUGGUGUCCUUAGCUCUUGGCUUCGGCUUCGGUCACGAUACACUCUUUGGGUAAAUUUUGUUAAAUUUAAUGAGCGGGCUUCAAUAGUAUAUACUUUUAUUUAUUUUUUGAUUAAUUAAUUUCUUCAAUAAUUUAUAUUUAUAUAUUGUUUUUUUAACUCGAAAAGAUGAGGUUCUUGGACUUGGAAUUCUUAGUCUUCAACUUUUUAAUUUCUUCAAUAAACAAAUCUUUUUUUUUAACCCAAACAACUGAUGUCUCAGGCCUUAAGUGUUCACUUUUUAUUUUUAUUUUAAUUUUGAUAAAUUAAUUUAUUCAAUAAGCAAAUCGAUAACUAAAUAUUGUUUAAUUGUCUGCGACUCUGGCCACACUGUACCUGAAUUGUGCAAUAGCUGUCGUUAUUUUUUGCCUUGGCCAAAUUUUUUUUAAAUUUAUUAAUUAGAUUUAAAAUUUAAAUUAAAAUAAAAAUGAGCGGGCGUCAAGUGGGCAGGUGGUUAGCCCUAAGUGCCACUGCCAUGGGCGCCUUUUACCUGGGCGCCCAGGUGGAGCGGCAGAAGCAUAACAACGACGACUGCAGCACAAGUCAUUCUCGCCUGCCGGGAUUGCCCACAUUUGGAACCGUUUCGGCGGCCAGCUUGAUUCCUGCCCAGGAGGGAAAUGUGAGCUUGGCGGCGACUCCAUCCCGGAUUGGUCAGAUCAUGAAAUACGGCUUCCCUGGACUGGACCACGUGCGCUCCCACUCCGACUACGUGUUGUCCUAUGAUCGUCGCAACCGAGUGCCUCACUGGGUGUUCGAGCACCUCACCGCCGAAUCCGUGGCCAAAAACGAUGCCGUGGACCGCGCCAAGUGCGAUUUCAAGCAGGACGAGAGCAUACACCCCUUCUUCCGGUCGCAGAACACGGAUUACCGGCGAUCCGGCUACGAUCGCGGACACAUGGCUGCCGCGGGUAACCACCGGCUGCACCAGAAGCACUGCGAGGAGACCUUCUACCUGUCCAACAUGGCGCCCCAGGUGGGUCAGGGAUUCAACCGCGACGCAUGGAACACUCUCGAGAUGCACGUCCGCAAACUGACAAAGAUCUAUGCCAACGUGUACGUCUGCACGGGUCCACUGUACCUGCCACGCAAGGAGGACGACGGCAAGAUGUACGUCAAGUACGAGGUCAUCGGCUCCAACACGGUGGCCGUGCCCACUCAUUUCUACAAGGUGGUGGUGGGCGAGUCCUCCGACCACAAGCUCCACAUGGAAGCCUAUGUGAUGCCCAACCAAGUGAUCAGCAACGAUACCCCCAUCAGCGUGUUCCAGGUGCCCCCGGAGACGGUGGAACGCUCCGCGGGGCUGCUCUUCUUCGACCAGAUCAACCGCAAGCAACUGGCCACCAUCAAUGGCAAGAAGGUCUAGCCGGAGAGUCUUAGUUUGGUUUUAGUGUAUUUGACCAGGGAUAGCCCCUCGAUUAAUGUAAUUUUUCUUCUUUUCCAAAGAACUUGUGGAUUAAUAAAAGUAAACAAGUAAUACAGA